AUGGAGAACAAACCAUUUGCUUUUUCGAGUAACGAAUUAUGCGAUUUUUAUCAGCUUAGAGGACUAAAUCCGAAAGAUUCAUGGUUGAAGGACUCGACCGUAGUAUACUCCUUGCGGGAACCUCAGGGUCUGGAAUCGGUAGGCUCCUCAUACGCGGUGCUUAACGAGUUACUGCGGCAGGAACAUGAACACAUUACAGACCGGAAUAGUGGGAUCGAUACUGCAGGGCUACAAGAUCCGCUAAAUCCUCGAUUGGGGCUUGACGAGCUUCUUGACAGCUACCAAAUAUCUACAAAGGAGCGCCACAAAUACUACAUUAACUCUAAAAAGUUCAACUCCAAGCUUUAUCUAAGAGGUCUACAUUCUCAGGAUGGCUUCAAAGACCUAAGUUCGUCGUUAGAUCUUCUGGAUCGGUCUUUGCAAGCGCAAAGUAACGACCUAAAGAAAUUGGUACAGAACAACUUCGCCAAAUACGUGAGAUCUAAAAACAAUCUAGACCGUAUCUAUGAACAAUUCAAUAGGUUUUCGCUCGAAGAAGAUAAGGAGCUAGGUACUGAAAAACUAGGUGCAUCAGUUGACAAUACUAUUCAAGAGGUCACACUAAAGGCAAAGCCCAUUCUUGAUACCAAUGCUAAACUAAAAAACAUACAGACAACAAUGACGUUCAUUCAAGAGAAUCGGGAUUUCUUUGACAUACCCAAGAAGCUCAGAGAAUGCUUAAUGAAUAGAGAUUUUUCACAACUCAUGAGACACUAUCACGACGCCCAACGGAUAUAUCAAGAUCUUACAACCAGCGGACAUAGCUUCCCAAUCCUUUUAAAAAUGUGGGACCAAAUUGAGAGUACAAUUAACAGUUAUCGAGAUUUUGUUUGGGAAGCCCUCCUUAAUCCUGUGGCUGGAGAAAUACAGGUGCAGCUCUUACCUUUAAUUUCAAAACUACUAGAGCUGAAUUCUGAGGAAAGCCCCAUAUUUACCUGGAUAAGCUCUAAGCUGACAACGUAUGAGUCAAAGCUGGAAGAAAUAGUAACUAAGAUGCAUGCCAAGAUAGUUACAGCACAGCAAAAAGUCAUAAGAAGUACAUCAAGCGAGGGCGAAGAUCUGACUUUUUAUUUAUCUAUUGGCCAUUUUGUUGAUCAAAACGUUGGCGCAUCAGACGCCCAAUUUUUGCCCACUAACAAAAUAACUCAUUCAAAUCCAGGGCUCUGUGACUCUGUUGUCGUUAUUGAGAUGUGGCUCUUAAUACAAAAGCUCACCAGUUUGCUAUCUAUGGAGUCUAGUCUUUUUGUUGAAUUCUGGGAACAUGUUGAAAAGUUCUUGGAUGGCACAUAUCAAAACUCAUUGCUGAACGACAAAAGAAAAGAUGAUAUUUUGGGCACUAACGUUAAGAGUCAUGAUAGUUACAUGCGCUUUUUGAAAUUUGAAAAGAGCCAAGUAAGCAACAUAAGAUUGAGGGGUGAAGAAUAUAUUAAAAGGUUGUGCAAUGGUCUUUCAAGUUUAUUUUCGGCCUCUCAAACCUCUUUACGCGAGGAGGCAAAAGUAGAGAAGGAGACAGGAUCACCUAUUGAUUACGGCUUUAUACCACCUGCUGCCAAUUGCUUAAGCUGCUUACGGUACUUACCGCAAAUUGUGGAACCCAUAUUAAAAUUCACUACUGAAAUAGCGCAACUAAACAUCUCGCCAAAUUCAAUAGAAAUUUUGAGAAAAUGUGACGCCAUGAUUCUUGAUCGCGCCGUUGCUGCUAUAUCAGCGACAAAAUUAAGAGAUCUUUCAGCAUUUCACACGCUUGAAGAUUGGUCUAUGUAUCGAAGCUCAGGUCACCAAAAGUAUGGAAUCACACAAUUUCCAGAAAUUGUCUGCAUGUUUCAAAAAUUGAGCAUAGUGACGGUUAGAAAUAUGCUGUUUUCAUAUGAAAAGCUCCCUGUGUUAAAUGGCAUCUACGUUGUUACUCAUCCUUCCCGUCAACUCUUGACUGGUAUUGAAGUCCAACAAAUAAUCUCCAUGGAAGCUGUCUUGGAAUCUGUUCUGAAAGACGCCGCAAAGGAGAAAGAAAACCCAAGAACCUCAAGAACAAUACUUACACUAACCAAUCUGCAAUAUACUCGCGAGCGAAUCUUUCCGGAAGUACUGCAGUUUUUUGAUGAGAGUUUCGAAACGCAAUUGGGGAAGAAAAAUCUUGAAAUAUUCAACUUACUAGGUAAAAUGGAGUCUUCUAUUUUUGGAAAUUACCUUUCCGACUUGAAAGUGAGCUUGAGAGAUAUCUUAGAGGAGCGGUUUUAUGAAAUAAAUUGGGCAACCUAUAGCUCAAAUUCAUUUCGCGUUGGUGACUACAUGAUCGAGACUCUGAUGAUAUUAGUAAGUGUUCACAGCGAUUGCUUCAGAAUUGCACCGCAACUAAUCGGCCGCAUUCUCAAGGAGUCUCAAAUUUUCAUCUCAAAGUACUUGUUUGAAGCCUUUAAGCGUUACAUUGGCAAUCUUUCGUCUGACGCUUUACUGCAAAUUGUAGUAGAUUUACAGUUCUUUCUAAAGGUCCUUGGAAAUUUGCUAGAGAGAGACACAGAGGCCACUUUGAUGGCUUGCCUUGAAAACUGCUUUGAAAACGAUAGCAGUAGACUACAAAGAUGUAUCACAGAAACGGGGCCAAUAGUAUCGGCGAAUCUGAAAAAAGCCAGCGCACAGUUUGCAUCUUUUAGAUAG